AUGCUGUCAGCCACUGCUUUGAUUGUUGAGAAAACGUCCAGUCCGUUCAUUGUUGAUGCCGUUGAACUUGAGUCCUUGGGUGCAACUGAGGUUCUCGUGGAGCUCAAAGCAACCGGGGUCUGCCACACUGAUGUUGCUGUGCAGCGUGGAAGUCUCCCAGGCGCUUUCCCCAUCUUGCUUGGGCACGAAGGUAUUCAUUCGCAGUUACAUCCCGUCGAAGACGUUGCUAUUGAGCUGAUGAUACUUGUAGGCGCAGGUAUCGUAUGUACUGUAGGAUCUAAAGUUCGAGACGUUGAACCGGGAGACCAUGUCCUUCUCUCAUAUUCCUUUUGCAAGAAUUGCCGCAGCUGCCGCGAAGGACAACCAUACCAAUGCACUCAGUUCUUUGACCGGAAUUUUAUCUCGGAAAACACAGACCAAUCUCGAACAACAACCUGGAAUGGUACACCGAUCCAUGCAUCUUUUUUCGGGCAGUCCUCCUUCUGCAAUCCUACUAUUGUCCAAGAGGCAUGCUGUGUACGAGUCGACAAAAAUUAUCCUUUGGAAAUUCUGGCUCCACUCGGGUGCGGCGUCCAGACUGGUGCAGGUGCUGUCUUCAAUGUGGUGAAGCCAGUAGAGAACAAGGUACGGUCACUAGUCGUCUUCGGCAUUGGAGGGGUGGGAAGUGCUGCAAUUAUGGCAGCUUCUGUCCUGCAUGAAGAUCACCCCGAGCUACUCACCACAAUCAUCGCAGUCGACAGGCAGCAGGAGAGACUCUUGCUUGCAAAAGAAAUUGGUGCAACCCAUAUCGUGAACGCAUCCAAUCUCAAUGAUACUGGAAUUGAGAUCCGUCGUGUGACAGCUGGACAAGGGAUCGAUGCUGCAAUCGAUUGUACAGGGAGUGUACCUGUCAUCAAUGCCAUGGCCGAUGCGCUAGGUGCUGGCGGUAUCGCGGUAUCGGUAGGAGCUCCUCCAGCGGCGGCCAGAAUAUCCAUCCCGGUCUUUCCAUUCAUCAAUGGUUGCAAACGGUAUCAAGCGUCAAAUCAAGGCAAUAGCCUAUCGAGAAAUUUUCUGCCCCUGCUAGCCGAUCUUUAUCGGCAGAAUCGACUCCCUAUUGACAGAUUGCAGAAGCAAUACAAACCGUCGGAGAUUAAUAAGGCUGUCCAGGAUAUACUCGAUGGCACCACUAUUAAGCCUGUCAUUAUCUGGAGCUAA